CUGGGGAACAGAAACGCAAAAUCAAGAAGUGGGGGAAAACCCGAAACCCCUCUGCUCCUUCUUCUUCUUCUUCUUCUUCUUCUUCUUCUGCUUCCUCUCAGAUCACCUCAAAAUACUCCUCUCACCCGCAUUUAUAAUACCCCAAUUUCAAAUUCUCACACACUACGCGAAGACCCCUUUUAUCUCUAUUUCCAAUUCCCUCCAACUUCGCUAGCCUGCCUCUUCUCACUCACUAUUCGCUAUCAACCAUGCCUGCGCCAGUUCUUAUCUUUAUUUUCAUUUUGGCCAAUGCCCUCCGCUGUAAUGAAGCGACUUUGCUUCGUGAAGAAAAUGGUUCGGCCGUGGCAGUGGCGAAGCGCGAUCAAGUUUCUCCGAUGGUACCCGUGACGGAGGUCGGCAAGAUGGAGGUGUUCAUGCUGAUGAAUGAGAGCAGGAGGAAGUUGGGAAGCUUUCAGAUAUGUGCGCUUUGUACCUGUUGCGGUGGAACUAAAGGGGUUUGCUUGCCCUCUCCUUGUUGCUAUGCUAUCAAUUGCAACAUACCCAACAGACCCUUUGGCUUCUGUUCGUUCACGCCCAAGACCUGUAAUUGUUUUGGAUGCCAUCUCUAACUCACUCUUCCUUGCUUCUCUAUUAUAAUUAUAUUUAUAGUUAAAAUGGUUUAGCUUGAGGAUUCUCCCAACGCUGUCCCAAGUGUGAAUGAUAAGAAUACCUGUUCUCGAUUUGUCCUUUUUCAUUAUUACUGGGGGAUCAUUAUUUCCGGGUAUUCUUUCUUACCCUUCCCCUAUUUUACCAGUUAUAUCUGGGAUUCGUUAGUGACUGAUCGUGGCACAUUGUCAGAAUGGAUAUAUCAUAUAUGAUAGUAUGAGCUACUUGUGGAAUCAGAAAAUAUUGUCCUUUUUGGUGGAGAUAUUGAGGUUCAUGAUAACAUCUCGGUUUUGGGUGUCUAAAAUAACGCUAUGCUCAGUGCGUUUGUCGUUUGUGUAGGAUUAAGAACUGACUUUUGCUAAUUAUUCUCAUUAACACUGGGUUCUUGUGAGAUGUUCUAUCCAGAUUGCAGUAUCACGGGAUUUUCAAUUCAAUACUAUAUGGUGAUAUCUGGUAUGCAGCUGAGGCUUUGCUUCCGCCCUCCCUUUUGCUCAUCCCGUAAUUUGGGCUCACUUUCCCCAAUACCAAGCAUUUGCUGUCUUGUGCGGGACAAAUUGCUAGUAGUUUACUUUUAAUGCAUCCAAGGAGUGUCUUGCUUAGAUUAGAUUCUGUUGUUAACUAAUUCAAAAUGUAAAGAGUUGUGGUAGUCAUGCUGGCAACGAUGAGGGAACGGGAAAUUCUUGUUACUUGUUACGAGAAGCAAACCGUUGGGGCGUAGCAUUUAGUUGGUACUUGUUUUGGCUGCUGAUAAGAUGGAAGGAGUGAAAAGUUGCAGGUGCAGCCGUGGGAAGGGUGUAGUGUAGAUUGUAAAAUGAUGCAAGGCAAGAAGGUGAUGCUGAUUGAUUUAGGUGGUCCCUGAAUUGAUGAAAGGGGCGGCCAUGGUAGAGAGGGAUGAUUGAGAGAGGAGAGCGAGGAGUGGUAAUUUGGAUGAAAAGCCCGUGGGCGGGUGGCUCUUAAUUUUCGGCGGAUAAGAUAGAUGCGCAAGAUAUGAAUGCAUGUGGGUGCAGCCAACCGUAUGUAUUAAGGUGAGUAGUUGGUUGGGUAGGAAUAGGUCAAUUAUGCCUUAGCUACGAACCUGCUGUACUGCUACUGCAUAUGAAAGUUGUUGCUUUAUUGCUAUAUUUAUUCGAA